AUGUCAGCAAAAAUCGAAGAAGGAGUUGUGGAAUACGACUCAAAUAAUGGCAAUCCAAUCUCGUCCUCUCUAUCCAACCCACCGGUUGACGACGAAGAUGACGACGAAGUAGGCGGAACAUCAACGUCACAGGGUAAAACUCAAAAGGAAAGAAGAAAGAUUGAAAUCAAAUUUAUUCAGGAUAAGAGUAGACGUCAUAUUACGUUUAGUAAGAGAAAAGCAGGUAUAAUGAAAAAGGCCUAUGAAUUGAGUGUAUUGACUGGGACUCAAGUAUUACUUUUGGUUGUAUCUGAAACAGGGUUGGUUUAUACUUUUACAACGCCUAAAUUACAGCCAUUAGUGACGAAACCAGAGGGGAAAAAUUUGAUCCAAGCGUGCUUAAAUGCACCAGAGGAAGGUAUGGGUGAUGAUGACCAAGGCGAACAAAGUGACGUUGACGGUGCUGAAUCGCCAGAACAUAGUCCUGCCAAUACAGGUGCUCCUCUGGUACAACAACAACAACAACAACAACAGCAACAACAGCAGCAGCAUGCUCAACAGGUUCAGCAGCAGCAAGCACAACAACAACACGCUCAUUUACAACAACAGCAAGCUGCUGCUGCUGCUGCAGCUGCAGCUGCAGCACAUCAUCACGUGCAGCAUCCGCAACAGAUACCUCCGCAAGGAGGUAUGCCUCAUUAUCAAGGACAGCCUGGUGGACAACAAGGACCGCAACAAGUUCAGCCCGGACCUCAGGGACAACCAGGGCAACAACCAGGUGGUGUGCCUUAUAAUGAUUAUUAUUUUGGAAAUAUGCCAAAUAAUAACAUACCUAACCAACAACAAUUUCAAUAG